ACGACCGCAGCACCGGGCCGGCCCGCCGCUACCUCAGCGUCGCUCGGCUCACCCCCAUCUUCCUGAGCUGUAAAGUGACAGGGAACCCAGGACCCGAGUCCCAUGUCUCCACUGAACCACUCCACAGAUAGUGUUGGCAGUUCUUGCUCUUGAAGUUGCAUUUCUACAGUGUAAAUUUCCCCUGGAUGAGGACUGUUCUUGUUCUUUGCCUGAGCUGAAGAAACACUGCACUUUAUUUCCCAUCUCUGCCAUCAGGCCCGCUGAAGAGAGUUUUAAGAUCUCAGCUAUAAAGAUACCCAGCCAAAGUCUCAAUCUUGCCUUAAUGAUGUUUCAGAGACUGAACAAAAUGUUUGUGGGUGAAGUCACUUCUCCCAACCAAGAGCCAGAAUUUAGUGAGAAAGAAGAUGACGAAUGGAUCCUUGUUGACUUCAUAGACACGUGCACUGGCUUCUCAGCAGAGGAAGAGGAGGAGGAAGAUGACGACAUCAGCGAAGAGUCUCCAACAGAGCACACGUCAGUCUUCUCCUGUUUACCUGCAUCUCUGGAGUGUUUGGCUGACACCAGUGAUUCCUGCUUCCUCCAGUUUGAGUCCUGCCCCAUGGAGGAGAGCUGGUUCAUCACCCCUCCCCCGUGUUUUACAGCAGGUGGAUUAACCGCUGUCAAGGUGGAGACGAGUCCUAUGGAAAACCUUCUCAUUGAACAUCCCAGCAUGUCUGUCUAUGCUGUGCACAGUUCCUGUCCCGGGCUCAGCGAGGCCAGCUGUGUCAAUGAUGACUACAACCCCAGCAGCCCCAGGAUGGGAGCCCAGAGUGACAUGGGGGAACACAUUCACUGCUGUGUCACCGCCCUCGCUGCUCAGGCAACGUUUCUGGAACAACCUAAGAGCUUCCGCCCUUCCCAGUGGAUAAAGGGACACAGUGAAAGACAGUCUCUGAACAGAAACGGCCUUCGUCGCCAAAACCUUACCAGGGACUGCCACACUCGACAGGUGAAGCACAGUGGCUGGGUGGUUCACCAGCCCUGCCCGCGCCAGUACCAGUACUGAGGACGCGGGUCCUGCCUGGUCUCCUGGGGUUUGUGCCUGUGGAUGUGGAUGUGCACACAAUGGAAUGUCUCUCCUUCUAGUCAACUGAAGACCAACAGCCUCGUGCGCCAGUGUUUAGACACUGUCACAGCCGGACUGCCGUGCUGUGUGUCACAUGAUGCCUUGCUCCUAACAGUUUCUUAAAAAAAAAAAAAAAAAAAAACUUUUCAGACUAUUUUUGGGAAACAUAUCAAUACAGUUGCAGUGUUUGGGAUGGUCUUUAAGUACAGUAAGGCAUAUAUGAGUUAGCCAGCAUCUUAUCAAUUUCAUUUAUUUUGUAUUAUUUAAUCUUUUGUGCAAGCAAAAAUUUAUUCUCAGGGUCAGCCAUAUACUUUAUUGACCAGUACUUGAUAGUCCUUUCUGUAAAUAGUAUGUUUUUACACACUGACAUGAGCACUAACAGGUGAUUUUUGCCAUGGAUAUAAUGGAAUGGCUGAACUUACUUCUGAAAGAAAACUUGACAUAUUCUGUAUGUGUGGUUCUUUUUUUUUCCCAGAUUGGCCAUUGCAGUCUAUUGUGGAAUUCAGGUACAUUAACUUUGAACAAUGUAUUCAAUGAUUCAGAUGUGACUCCGCAAUAUGGUACAGACAGUACACCUGUCAUGGACAAAAGCACUUGUCUCGUAUGCAAAGGGAAAAAUUAGACCUGGAGCUGAUAUGGGUAACCCACAGAGCAGUCAGUAUUUGGAGGUAUCAGGAGCAAGUGCUUGCCCAGGCACUUGGUGACUUCAUGCCCUUGUCUGCCCUUAAGAAAGGACAAGAUAACAGUGGUAACUCCUCAGACAUGGAACCUGUCCUCCCAGGGGAGAGCAUGGGAGGAUCUGGUGGCUUCUGUUUAUGGCACCCAGUGAACAUUGACGGGUUGGUUUUCUUGAGCUUUCAGUUUUUCACAAAAUCUUUAACCACUUUGGCCUGUUUCCUCCGCAGCAGGAGCAGUAAUUCUUACCUCCCUCACAGCGUUGUGAGGCUUACAUUUAAUUGGCAGUAGAGCUGUCAGGACUGAACUUGGUGUGAACUUCCAGGGCCUCACUACUGAACCUAGUGGUGGAAGGCUGCGGCACGUGUUCUGCCAUUUUUCAGGGUUGGUGCUAAUGAGGCCAGCAUGCAGGGUUCCACUCACAUAGGCCAGUUAACUUGAUG